AUGGCUGACAAGCCCAACAAGCUCGCCUUCCUGUCCAUGCAGGCCCCCGCUGGCUACGUCGCCGGCCUCGGUCGAGGAGCUUCAGGAUUCACGACACGAGCCGACAUUGGUCCUGCGCGUCUCACUGCUGCUGCCUCCUCUAGCAAAACAAAGCCCAACGGCGAUGCAGAAGAGGCAGACGGCGGCGGCAGCGGUGGCGAUGAUGACGAUGAUGACGGCCGCGGCGAGGAAGAGGAGGGUCGAUUUCAGGAUCCGGAAAACGAAACGGGCCUGUUUGCAGGUGCUGUCUACGAAAAGGACGAUGAAGAGGCGGAUCGAAUCUGGGAGUCUGUCGAUGCGCGUAUGGAUCGGCGCAGAAAGAAGUUCAGAGAAGCGAAGGAGAGGGAGGAGAGGGAGAAGGCUAGAGCGGAAAAGCCACAGAUCCAGGCGCAAUUUGCCGAUCUCAAGCGUGGGCUAAGUACCAUCACCGAAGACCAAUGGGCUUCGCUCACUGAAUCCGGUAGCGUUACGGGCAAGCGGCGCAAAGCAGCUGCCAAAAGGGAAGCGCGCAAUACACAGUCCUUUGCCAUCUCGGACACCAUCCUCGUCGGUGCUCGCGACAGGAACGCCGUCGAGGCCGCACUCACUACAGACCAGAUGGCCAACGCCGACCAAGAUACAGGCGGCACGAUCACUUCCCUCUCCGAAAUCGGUCAGGCGCGCAACAAGAUUUUCAGCCAUCAACUCGAUCAAGCUUCGUCUUCAACAUCAGGCACGGCUACAUCCAUCGACCCAAAGGGCUACCUCACCGAACUAUCCUCCACCGUCAUCAAGACCGACGCAGAGAUCGGCGACAUCAAAAAGGCGCGCAGCCUGCUCGAUUCGGUCAUCAAGACAAAUCCUUCUCACGCGCCCGGUUGGAUCGCGGCUGCCCGAGUCGAAGAGGUGGCUGGCAAGAUGUCCAACGCACGCAAAAUCAUCCAGCAGGGCUGCGACCACUGUCCGAAAGCCGAAGACAUCUGGCUUGAGGCCGCGCGGCUCAACACUCAGGAAAAUGCCAAAGUCAUCCUCGCGCGCUCAAUCCAGCACGUCUCGCAGUCGGUCAACAUCUGGCUCAAAGCCGUCGAGCUGGAGACCGAUACCGAGAGCAAAAAGCGCGUCCUCCGCAAAUCGCUCGAAUACAUCCCAAACAGCGUCAAGUUGUGGAAGGAGCUGGUCAAUCUCGAGGAGGACCCGCAGGAUGCACGCAUUCUGCUAAGUGGCGCGGUGGCCGUGGUGCCGCUGAGCAUCGAGCUGUGGCUGGCGCUCGCUCGGCUGUCUAAUCCGGAAGAGGCGAAAAAGGUGCUCAAUGAAGCGCGCAAGACCAUCCCGACCUCGCACGAGAUCUGGAUCGCCGCCGCGCGGCUCCUCGAAGAGACCGAAGCGGACGAGGUCAAGGUGGACAAGACCGUCGCAGCUGCUGUGAAAGCUUUACGGAAAGCGGGGGCGGAGCUGUCGCGCGAUCAGUGGUUUGCCGAGGCGGAGCGGGUCGAGAAGCAGGGUUCGCCCCUGGUGUGUUCUGCGAUCAUCAAAGCGACCAUCGAGCUGGAUAUCGAGCAGGAGGAUCGUCGUGCAGUGUGGGUGGAGGAUGCACAGUCGGCGUUGGAGAGAGGGUGUGUGGAGGCGGCGAGGAGUAUUUUGGCGUAUACGUUGAGGGUGUUCCCCGAUCGACCAGCGAUCUGGACGCAGGCGGUGGCGCUCGAGCAGCAGCAUGGCAACAUCGACUCGGUAUCGGCAUUACUCGAACGCGCCGUGUCCAACUGCCCGAAGGCAGAGGAUCUCUGGCUGACCCACGCUGCCGUCAAGAGCGAAGCGGGCGAUAUCAGCGGUGCGAGAAGUGUCUUGAUCCGCGCAUUCGAUGCGAAUAUUGGCAGCGAAAAGAUCUCGCUCGCGGCAGCCAAGUUGGAGUCUGAGACAGGCGAGGUGGUGGCAGCGGGCAAGUUGUUGGAGAGGGCGCGGGUGGAAGUGGGCACCGCGCGGGUGUGGCUGAAGAGCGCGCUGUUCGAGCGGGAUCACGGAUCGCUGAAGCGGGCCGAGGAGCUGGUCGACGAGGCGCUCGUCAAGUUUGCGUCCUUCGACAAGCUGUACAUGCUGGGCGCCGAGCUAGCACGCAUGCGUCUGGGCGAUGAAGGAACCAAGAAAGCACGCGAGUACCUCUCUCGCGGUACACGCGCGUGUCCGACCUCAUCCGCCCUCUGGAUCCUCGCCAGCCGUCUCGAGACAUCGCUCAAUCUCACCAUCCGCUCGCGCGCCCUCCUCGAGCGCGCACGACUGCUCAACCCGCUCUCGGCGCCCAUCUGGUACGAGUCGAUUCAGACCGAACUCCUCUCCUCGCCGCCCAAUCCGACGCAAGCGAAGACGCUCCUCGCACGUGCCCUCCAGGCACUCCCGGCGUCCGGGCUGCUCUGGUCCCUCGCCAUCGCCCUCGAACCGCGCCCGGGGCGCAAGACAAAGAUGACCGACGCCCUCAAGAAAACCGCCGACGACAGCUUUGUCUUGUCCACCGUAGCGCAGCAGUUUUGGCUCGAGGGAAAGCAUGUACAGGCGCGCAAGUGGUUCGCCAGGGCUACAGACGCCGAUCCCAGCGUAGGCGACCACUGGGCCAUGUGGCUCAAGUUCGAACGCGCACAUGGCUCGGAUGAGCAAAGAAAAUUGGUAGAGGACAAAGCGGACAAGCUCAAACCCAAGUACGGCCUGGUCUGGCCCAGCGUCCGCAAGGACCCCAGCAACAGAACCAGGCCCACAGUCGAGAUCCUACACCUGACAGCAGAGAGGCUCGUGCCCAUCAAGUGA